AUGCUCACCAUCCUUUCAGAUAUCACCGGCAUCGGCGCGGAGAAACGCACGCCUUACGAUCCCCCGCAGGAACUCCCGCCUGGAUCGCUCGAGGGCAAGGUGUAUCUCGUCACGGGCGGGCAUGGGGGCAUCGGACUCGAAACGACCCGCUUCCUCGCCCUCGCCGGCGCACGCAUCCUAAUCGCCUCUCGCUCGUCCUCCAAAGUCCACUCCGCAAUCGACUCCCUCUCGUCCACUCACGGCGACUCGAUCCGCUCAAAGCUAGAGUACGUCGAGUUGGACCUGGCGAGUUUGGCGAGUGUCAAGCGGUGUGCGGAGCGGGUGUUGGAGGGGGAGCAGAGGCUCGAUGGGGUCGUUUGUAAUGCGGGGAUCAUGGCGCUGCCUUAUAAGUUGACUGAGGACGGAGUCGAACAGCAGUUCCAGGUCAACGUCCUUGGACACUGGCUGCUCGUCAACAAGCUCCUUCCUCUGCUCGAGAAGACGCAUCAGUUGACGGGCGAGAUCUCGCGCGUCGUCGUCCUCUCCUCCUUCGCUCACAACUUUAUCUCCCUCUACCCCUUCUCGUCGCCCUCACUCUCCUCCGCCUCGGCCCUGAGGAAAACCCACCACUCCCCCUGGCUGCGCUACUCGGUCUCGAAACUCGCCGGGAUCUGGUUCGCGCGGGAAUUGGAUCGGAGGGGGAAGGAGAAGGGCGUGAGGAGUCUGAGUGUGCAUCCGGGGUUUGUGUCCUCAAACCUCUACGACACCCACGCCCUCGCCCGUCCCCUCCUCCGAUUCUUCAUUCCCCCCUCCUCCGGGUCCUACACGACCCUCUUCGCUCUCACCUCUCCCCAAAUCGCCGAGAGGGACUGGUGGGGCGAGUAUUUGGUGCCGUUUGGGAAGAGGAAGGAGCCGCGCAGAGGAAAGGAUACGGAGAGGGAGGAGGAGUGUUGGAGGGUUUGUGAGGCGGUGUGUAGGGAGAGGGUUGGGGGUGUGUGA